GGGUGUUGGUGUAAUUUACCUUAAAUUUUAUUAUUUCUGACACCGCCUAAUAUCGAGUGUAUAGAUUCCGUUAAGAGUACAAUAGCUGUAGGAUCCACAGCUUCUUCCCCAAAAAUCCCUAAAAAUUAAUUUUUGGGUAAAAAUCUGAAAUUGAUGGAGGCGGCAGCAGAUAAACCUAAAUUCAAGAAAUUAGGUCGCCACUCGAAGAAAAGCUCUUAUGAUUCUCAAAUAAAUCGACUCGAUGAUGGCUGUCUUAUGCUUAUUUUCAGCUUCCUCUCCCCCAUUCCAGAUCGGUAUAACACCGCCCUCGUUUGCCGCAGAUGGCGUUUUCUGGCAUGUCAUCCUCAGCAUUGGCUUCGAGUUGACCGCUCCGUCAAAGAGUUGACCGAACCUGGAGUUUACCCCAGCAUUGAGACAGCUGUCUCUGCUGCCAGGCCCGGUGACACUAUACUUAUUGCAGCUGGAGGGAUUCACCGUACGUCCAAUAUCCAGAUCAAAAAGCCUCUUUGUCUGAUCGGUGCAGGUGAAAUUCCUGAUGAUACAACACUCAUAUGCUCACGUGGCUCUGAUAGCGCACUGGAGUUUCUAUCGACAUGCAAACUAGCAAACUUGACAGUGAGGGCAGAGCUCGGUUGUUGCCUUCUGCAUAGGAGUGGGCGUCUCACAAUCGACGGAUGUAUUCUUCAGUGCGAAUCGAACCCUUUGGACCAUCUCUCUCAUGCCAUUGUCACAACUGCAACUUCCUCCGAUCAACUUUCUCUUUCGCAGCCCGUAAUGAAGAACAAUAACGCUGACUGUGUUACUGUAAUGAGAACAAGAAUCGAAGGUGGUGCGAAAGCUGUGUUGACGAGUGGGACCCUCUCUCUGCAGCAAGUUCGUGUCAUAUAUGCUCGCACUUCCCUGUUUUUCUGGUUCAACGUGGUCCAGCAUUAGCCGAAGAUCUUUUUUCUUUUUUUUAAAUGUUCUAUUAUAUUAUUUUCGUCUCUCGAUCGCUUGUAAUAUAUACAUUGUAUCAUCAUGUACUUUUAGUUUUUUUUUUAGAAAAACUAAUAUUGUUGUCUAGUAAUCAUCUGUUACGGUAGGUUUUUUAUUACACAAUUGCAGUAAACGAGUGGCUUCGAUGGAUGAUUUCGGUUAUGGGUAUUUUUGUAAUAACAAAUUUAUUGAACUUGUUUGGAUAAAUUUUAAAAUGUUAUCUCUCAUUUUAAUUAGCUAUGGUGUUAAUUUGAUGGAUUUGAAAUAAUUAAAUCAAAACACAGUCUCAUGGAAUAUUCAUCAUAAUUCAUACAUCAGCAAUAUUUGUUUGAACUGCCAAUUGGCAGAUGAAACAUUGCAUUACAAUUCAAAUAGGCAAAAA